UUCUGCCUUAGAAAGAGCCAUAGAGAGAGAGAGAGAAAUGGAAGUAAUGCGAAUUCUUCACAUGAACAAAGGAAACGGUGAAACAAGUUACGCCAAAAACUCCAUUGUUCAGAGCAACAUAAUAUCUUUAGGCAGAAGAGUAAUGGACGAGGCCUUGAAGAAGCUGAUGAUAAGAAAUUCAGAAAUUUUGAGCUUUGGAAUCGCCGACUUGGGCUGUUCCUCCGGUCCCAACAGUCUCUUGUCCAUCUCCAAUAUCGUAGAAACAAUCCAAAACUUGUGUCCUGACCUCGACCGUCCUGUUCCUGAGCUCAGUCUCUUUCUCAACGACCUUCCUAGCAAUGACUUCAACUACAUCUUUGCUUCUUUGCCGGAGUUUUACGACCGGCUUAAGAAGAGAGACAACAACUAUGAGAGUUUAGGUUUUGAGCACGGAAAUGGAGGACCGUGUUUUGUGUCGGCGGUUCCUGGCUCUUUCUACGGACGUUUGUUUCCUCGCCGGAGCCUUCACUUUGUUCAUUCUUCUUCUAGUUUACACUGGUUGUCUUAGGUUCCAUGUGGUGAGGUGAACAAAAAAGAUGGGGUGGUCAUAACAGCUGAUUUAGACAACAAAGGAAAAAUAUACCUAUCCAAGACAAGUCCUAUGAGUGCACAUAAGGCCUAUGCUCUUCAAUUCCAAACCGAUUUCUCGGUGUUUCUGAGAUCGCGAUCCGAGGAGUUGGUUCCUGGAGGCCGAAUGGUUUUAUCCUUCCUAGGUAGAAGCUCACCUGAUCCCACAACCGAAGAGGGUUGCUAUCAGUGGGAACUACUAGCUCAAGCUCUUAUGUCCAUGGCCAAAGAGGGUAUCAUCGAAGAAGAGAAUAUCGAUGCUUUCAACGCUCCUUACUAUGCUGCGAGCCCCGAAGAAUUGAAAAUGGCGAUAGAGAAAGAAGGUUCUUUUUCGAUUGAUCGACUUGAGAUAAGUCCGGUUGAUUGGGAAGGUGGGAAUAUCAGCGACGACAGCUAUGACAUAGUACGCUUCAAACCCGAAGCCCUAGCUAGUGGACGUAGAGUGGCAAAGACAAUACGAGCCGUGGUAGAGCCGAUGCUAGAACCUACAUUUGGUCAAAAGGUGAUGGACGAACUUUUCGAAAGAUACGCAAAGCUAGUGGGAGAGUACGUGUAUGUAAGCUCGCCUCGAUACGCUGUUGUUAUUGUUUCACUCCUAAGAAUGGGUUAGUCAUAUAACAUAUGCUUUCUUACAUGUCUGUGGACCUACAGUGACAUGAUUUGGUACUUUAACUAUGUAACGCCAUUUGCUUCCAGAAUAAAAUAAACAAAAAAUGUGUGUUUUUGAGUUGAAA